GCUCUUCCAUUUCCCCCUUGGAAAUCUGCACCAGAGGGAGGCAGAGGUCAGGGAGAUGCAUUGGCCAGUUUCUAUGGGUAGAUGUCACAGCAGAGUUCUCAAGUCAACCUCCUAGAUUUGAAGUUACAAAGCAACAACUCUGCAAGGAGGAGACUGACAGCUCUAUUUUGGAGUGAACUAAGAUGAGUGGGUAGCUCUUCUGCACAAGAAACCCCAAUCAAGCAUUCUUUCUCAGAGUCCAAAGGGGCAAAGGGGCAGAGUGCUGAUUCCUGAAGAACAAACUUUUGGCCAUGUGUGCCUCCUGAUUCAGCAUAGAACAAUCACUGAGGCACAGUUGCCCUUCCCUCCCGGGAGCCUGGUGAAGGGGUGUGGGGUGUGGGUGGAGUAUUGGGGUAAGGAAGCGAGUGACUUGGAGAAGAAGCAUCUGGCUCCGGCUGCAGCUGCAGCGGCUGCAGCUGCUGAUUCAGUCCUCUGAACCAAGGCUGCUGGCUGCACCUGAAUCAAAGAUUUCCCUUCUCAAGGAAGGAAAAGAUCUGAGCAAUGAUGAAGACCAUGUCCAGUGGGAACUGCACCUUAAAUGUGCCAGCCAAGAAUUCCUACCGGAUGGUUGUAUUGGGAGCCUCCAGGGUGGGCAAGAGUUCCAUUGUCUCUCGGUUUCUCAACGGCCGCUUUGAUGACCAAUACACACCCACCAUUGAGGAUUUCCAUCGCAAAGUUUACAACAUUCGAGGUGACAUGUAUCAGCUGGACAUCUUGGAUACAUCUGGGAAUCAUCCAUUCCCUGCCAUGAGGAGGCUCUCCAUCCUCACAGGAGAUGUUUUCAUUCUUGUAUUCAGUUUGGACAACAGAGAAUCCUUUGAUGAAGUGAAGAGGCUCCAGAAUCAGAUCCUUGAAGUCAAAUCUUGUCUGAAGAACAAAACCAAGGAAACAGGGGAUCUGCCUAUGGUGAUUUGUGGUAACAAGAGUGAUCACGGUGAACUCUAUCGCCGGGUGAGUUCUGAUGAAGCUGAGAAGCUUGUCUCCAGUGAUGAGAACUGUGCAUACUUUGAAGUCUCAGCCAAGAAAAACACCAACGUGAACGAGAUGUUCUAUGUUCUUUUCAGCAUGGCCAAAUUACCCCAUGAAAUGAGUCCUGCUCUUCAUAGGAAGAUCUCUGUGCAAUAUGGUGACGCUUUCCACCAAAAGUCCUUCAGGAUGCAUAGGGUCAAAGAGACAGAUGCCUAUGGCAUGAUUUCCCCCUUUGCUCGUCGACCCAGUGUCAACAGUGAUCUAAAAUACAUAAAAUCCAAAGUCCUCAGAGAAGGGCAAGCAAGGGAAAGAGAAAAAUGCAUCAUCCAGUGAAAGACACUCCACUGAGAAGUAGUCCAUAGCAUAACUGCAGUGCCUUAAAAAAGUGGCUGAAGAGAGACAGUCUGAAAAUAUUUACUGAGUUAUGGGUGAGAACAGCGGUCAUGAAAAUACUUUGGCUAGAGCAUUGUACCAUUUCUGUAAAGAUAUAAAUAAAUUAAAACACAGCAUUGUAAACACUUGAAGCUGCUAUGGUAGAUACUGUAACUGCCAUAUACAGCCCUUAUCAUUAUUUCAUCUUUUGGUUUUUGUAUUUUUUUUAACAGAAAAAAAAUCCUCUUAAUUUUCUCUUUUGGUUUUCCUUUGUUUCAAGAAACUUCAAGGUAUAAAGAAAUUUGAACUUCAAUUUUAUACAAAGACAGUUAAAAGACGGGCCUGAUUUGUACAGGUUUCUUAAGCAGCCAUCAUGCAGGAGACAAUCUGAUAACAAGAUGAAAAUUGAGUGUUGUUUUCCUCCAAUUCUUCAAUCGAAGAAGAUUAAAACAUUUUGAGAAAAAUAUACUUCUUUGUGCCAAUGAUAAUUCUUCAUUGUGCUACAAAUACUACAUUUCAUAAUUUUUCUCUGUUUUUUUGUAAAUUACAAAGUGUUUGUUUUAAUUAAUGUGUGAAUUAGUUGUCAAGUAUUAUCUAGAAAUACCAGCUGAUUUUCAAUUACAUGAUAUGUAAAUAAUUGAAAUGUAUGUACUGUAAGAACCAGCACACAUGUUUCAUGUGAUUUUCUGUUCCUAAAAAACAUCAUAUCCAUAUACUUCGAAACUUUUAUUGUACACCCAGCCAAAUUCCAUUCAUUUUUAUUCCACAAUAAUGAUUAUGCUUUCUACCAUACUGGUAAUAAUGACAUUGGAUGUGCAAUGCCAGGUGUUAUGCUCUGUCCUCCAACUUUCUCACAUUAAAGUUGUAAACCUGUGGAGAUGAAGCUGAAAGUAAGCCUGAGAGUAAGUCCAAUUGAACAGUAGAACUUUAUAUAAACACACAUGAGAUUGUGGUAUAAACCGUAUAAGGCUCUAGGCCAAUCUAGACUAAAAAUGGGUGUAAACAUUUAAGCAUGCAUUGUUGAACAAAGCUUGCACUUAAGGUUGAGCAAGUUAUAUUAAACAAUGAUAUUUAUUUCUCACUAAAAAUAUCUGACCACCAGCUACAUUUUUCUCAUGUUCAAAUGGCUGAGAAAUUAUUUAUUUGCAAAAGGAGGGUUCAGAGUUUAAAUUUAGCAUGACUGUCUUCCAAGCUGUGUCCAUUGUCCAUGUACCACAAUACUGAGUGCACCCUAAUACAGAGUGAGUGAGAGCUUAUAUACUUUUAUAAUAAAAACAUAGCUUUUCUUUCCUCAACCUACUGCCCUUUAGAUCAGUUGGAAUUCCUUGGCCUUUGCUUGGAAUUGGUCCAAAACAUCUGGAGGGAACCAAGUUGAAGACAUCUGUUGCACCUGUUUCCAUUUUUUUAAAAAAAACCUUAAUAUUGUUGGAUUUCUUCCAGACAAUCUGUUUACCAGAAUGUUUAUGGAGAAAAAAAGCGAUGUCAGAAUUAGCUUUGUUUGUUACUAAAAGCCUACUUGAUUAUCUUAUCUGACUCUUAAAUAAUUCUUAGUAUCUAUAGUAUCCAUGUGAAUAAGAAUUAAAUUUUGUUCUGAGCCAGCUGCCUAAAUAUCUUUCCUCCUUUCUUGGUGUUCUUUUUCUCUCUCUCUUUUCACUUAUGAUAAUUUUCAGCUAUCAUAAUGGUCAUAUAUCAGAACAGAACUGAAUUUUGCAUACCUCAGAAUUACUAAAAAGGUUUUAACCCAUUUGUCUUGAAUAGGGAGAUAUUGUAAGGAAUAAUGGGAGUACAAUUGCGCCAGCCCAGGUCCCUCCUGCCCCCAUCAGUCUCAUUGACGUCCUUCCUUCCUUCCUUCCUUCCUU